UAGCGACAAAGCCCCACAUAUAUAAGGAGCAGACAGAGGAGGUCUCAGUUGCUGUGAGAGCCAUACACCCCUCACCUGCACACACACACAUAACACACAUACACCCACAUACACACUCGCCACACGCCUCCACCUCCUGCACCGUCCCCCCUUCAUUCCUGCCAACAUCCCCUACGGUAGUCUGACCGGAUGAGCUACCCGGUGGACACGAUAGGGAGUCCCUUCAGGAGAGUUAUGGAUACUAGAACGACCAGCUACGGCUACAGCCGCUCCAGCGGCACCCCCUCCAGCGGCUUUCGCUCCCAGUCCUGGUCCCGGGCAAGUCCCGGUUCCACCAUGACCACGUCCUACAAGAGGAGCGUGAACAUGCCGGUGUCCCGAGCUUACGGCUCUACGGUGCUCAGCUCCGCCGACAGCGUUGAUUAUAGUCAAACCUCCAUCCUGAACGGAGACUACAAGCGAUCUAACGAAAAAGAGCAACUUCAAGGGCUCAAUGACCGGUUUGCUGUUUACAUUGACAAGGUGCACUACCUGGAGCAGCAGAACAACCAGAUCGAGGCGGAGAUCCAGGCACUGCGGCAGAAACAGGUCUCACGCACCCAGCUGGACGACCUCUACGACCAGGAGCUGCAGGAGCUGCGCUCCAUGCUGGAGCAGAUCCACCAUGACAAGGCGCAAAUUCAGCUCGACACCGACCACAUCGAGGAGGACAUCCAGCGGCUCAGGGACCGCUUCGACGAAGAGGCUCGCAUCCGAGAGGAGACGGAGGCCAUAAUCCGAGUCCUGAAGAAGGACACGAGCGACUCGGAGUUGGUGAAGUCUGAGUUGGAGAAGAAAGUUCAGUCGCUGCAGGAUGAGAUCGCCUUCAUCCGUAACAACCACGAAGAAGAGGUGAGCGACCUCAUAGCCCAGAUCCAGGCGUCUCAGGUGACGGUGGAGAGGAAAGACCUCCAGAAGGCGGACAUCACUGAGGCUCUGCGGGAGAUCCGCUGCGAGCUGGAGGGCCACUCCAACCAGAACCUGCAGCAGGUGGAGAACUGGUUCAUGUGCCGCUACGCCAAGCUCACUGAGGCUGCAGAACAGAACAAGGACGCCAUAAAGUCCGCCCGUGAUGAGAUCGCCGACUACCGCCGCCAGCUGCAGUCCAAGACGGUGGAGCUGGAGUCCGUCCGCGGGACAAGAGACUCGCUGGAGCGGCAGCUGAAUGACAUCGAGGACCGCCACAACAGCGACCUGGCCAGCCUGCAGGAGACGAUUCACCAGCUGGAUAAUGAGCUCAAGAGCACCAAAUGGGAGAUGGCUCGUCACCUGCGCGAGUACCAGGACCUGCUCAAUGUCAAGAUGGCCUUGGACAUCGAGAUCGCUGCAUACAGGAAACUCCUCGAGGGUGAGGAGACCCACUUUAGCACUUUCCCUUACCGCCAGGUGGUCACCUCCACCAAAAUCUCCAAGCCUAAAUCAGAGGCCUCCAAGCUCAAGGUGCAGCACAAGUUUGUGGAGGAGAUCAUCGAGGAGACGAGGGUGGAGGACGACAAGGGAGAAUUAGACGAGGACCUGGCGGAGAUCGCGCAGGAGCUGUCUGCCACGCCGGGAGAGGGGGGAGAGGAGGAAGAGGAGGCAGAGGAGGGGGAGGAGGAGGCUGGAGAGGGAGAGGGAGAUGAGGCAGAGGGUGAGGGAGAAGAAGGAGAAGGUGAGGAGGGUGGAGAGGAGGAGGAAGCUGUAGCCGCCACUGAAGCCAAAGUUAGCUCAAGUGCACCCGCUAAGGAGGAGGAAGAGGGGGAGGAUGAAAAGGGUGACGAGGGCGAGGAGGGUGAGGGAGAAGGUGGCGAGGAGGGAGAGAAGGAGGAGGAAGGUGAGGGAGAAGGAGAGGGCGAGGAUGAGGGAGAUAAAGGAGGUGAUGCAGAGGGAGGUGAUGAAGAAGGAGAGGAAGGAGGAGAGGAGGAGGUAGAGGAGACGGUGCUGUGCUCCAAAGCUCCGGAGUCUAAAGCCUCUCCUGACAAAGAGAAGGCCGGAGACAAGGAGGGCAGCGGAGGAGAGGAGGAAGCUGCUGCCGAAGAGGAGGGAGGCGAUCAGGAGGAGGACGCAGGCAGUGACAAAGCAUCCAAAAGCGGAGAUGAGAAAGAGGAGAAAGAGGAUGCAGACAAAGGCAAGAAGGAAGAUGAGAAGAAGGCAAAAGAUGAGAAAGCGGAUGACAAAUCAGAAAAAGCUGUAGCUCAGUCAGAAGCUCCGAAAACAGAAGCUGCGAAGCCUGAGGCUAGCAAAGAAGAGGCCGCCAAAACAGAGGCGACUAAAUCUGAGUCUCCAAAGUCUGAAUCCCCAAAGCCUGGAUCCCCCAAGUCAGAAUCACCUAAACCUGAGUCCCCUAAAUCUGAAUCCCCAAAACCUGCUUCUCCUAAAUCUGAAUCCCCCAAACCUGCUUCUCCUAAGUCUGAAACCCCCAAAGAAGGUUCACCAAAAGCUGCAUCCCCCAAACCCAGCUCCCCAAAAGCUGAAUCCCCAAAAGCUGAAUCCCCAAAGAGCGAGCCACCGAAGGCCGCUGAAGAAAAAUCGGAGAAAAAGAGCGACACGACAGAAGAGAAGAAGGUAGAAAAGAAGGAUGUGGCCAUGAACGGCGACAUCGACAAGAGCAGCCCAGAAGAGAAAGGGAAGAAAGACGAGGGGAAAGAUGACGACGUGAUCGCCAACGGCGUCGACGAGAGCCCGGUCAAAGAAGACGGCAGCCAGAAGGUGGUGAUAACCAAGACAGUGGAGACGAUCACCACCGGAGAGGAUGGGUCCAAGCACGUCACCAAGUCCGUCACUGUGACAGAAACAGUGAAGGAGGUGGACGAGGUGGUGCAGGAGAAGCUGGUCUCCACCAAGAAGAUGGAGAAGCAGUCCACCCAGUCCAUCAAGCAGGUGACGGAGGGUGAAUGAGCUGACUCCUGCCGCAAGAGGAGGUCAAGGAGGAAGUGGAGGGGGAAGAAGGAGAGCAGAACACGACAAGCAAUCAAUCCAGAACUAACAUAACAAAGAAAAUCAUACAGCUAGAGCGAUGUAAUAAAGAUAACCACUCUCAAACAUACGAAACAAAUCAUAGAGAGAAGGCAAAAACUUAAAUGCUACAACUUUCAAAAAUGCAUGUUGAGUGAAAGCUUUAAACGGGGCUUCGCUGCAGAUGCGGUCAGGAGCAAGCGACUGAGACAUUUUAUCCUCUUUUUCUUUAUUUCUGCAGUUCAUGGGUGAGCUCAUGGGUGAGGGAGGGAGGGGAUCUCUGCAUGCUAGCUCAGGGGAGGGGAGGACGUUCCUCUCUUAUCUGUAUGUUUGGUAGAAAUACACAGUAAAAAGCGUGAAUAUGUAAAAAGAAUACAUGUAAAGCGGGUGGGAGAGUGAAAGAAAUCUUAUUAACGUUGAGGAUUUUUGAGUUUAAGGGGGGACAGGCAGGUGGGAGGGUCCUCUGCGCAGACACAUACUCUACUGAAGAAGCCUUACCUGACAUGUGAAGAUACCAACUGAGCCAAAAAGAAACUAACAAUAAAUACACAACAUACAGUGAAGAAAGAGACGGGCAGCGGUAUGAUAAACACACGGCCAUAUACAUCCAGUAACUGAAGCUUAACAAACCUGAAGAAACUCCUAGCCUUAAACAUGCUUUUUAUCAGUGUCUGUUAUGUUUACCUGAGUGCAAAUGAAAAAAAAGAAAUAUAACUGUAAAUGCGUAGAUACAUGCAUUCUUGUAUGCAUAGGAUGGACUUGAAUUUAAAUACAAAAAUAAAUGAGGUGCUACUGUU